CCCAGACUCGUUCUUGAACACAUCGCUGCCAGAUGGCAUAGCAAGCAAGUGAACCGACCUCGAGAAUAGAAUGGACUGGCUGAAGAAAACAGCGGGCAAGGUUAAACAUGCUCACUCAGACAGGCGUCAUUCUCACCGCCCUUCUUCGGCCAACUCCAACGACCCACAUGUCCAAACCGGCAGGUUCGAGAACGCCGACUCGCCCGCCUGCUGUGCCCUGGGCGGCCGUCUCGACGGAACGUUUGGCGACGACGACGCGGCUUGGAAGCUGAAAAGCGCUUGGAAGAGCGUAUCGGACUAUUGGAGGCACUUCGAUGCGGACUCGGAGGCUGCUGGUGGCGGAGAUGAUCUUCACGACGCAACGGGUGCGGGUGCCCAAACGCACCUCCCACAGAACACUGACGAAUCAGAUCGGCUUCUGCUGGCGUAUCUUCAUCUGUUCAAUAACCGCUAUGCACCACUGGAGUACGCCGUAGGGAGCGUCGAUAUGUGCGCGAUACAGCCUGGGCCCUCAAUCCCACCGACUUCUCCUGUCGGCUUCGGAGUGGUCUCUCCAGCUAGUGUGCGUUCGCCUCUGGACAGCUCUCUAGCUGGACAUCCUCACGCGGCUGUCACAGGAAUCUGCUGUUUGGCGAGACGAAUGGUUGGACGUUUCGAGCAUUCAGUGCAUAGAAAUGAACAAAGCACCUCAAAUAUCGCCGAAGCCCUCUUAGCUCAUAUCGAGAUCCUUUCGCGUUAUCCCGGAGACCGGGAAGCACUCAUUAAACAUGAAGUCCCUCCAGCUCUCGUGGACAUGCUGAAGAUUGCCACGCCCGUGUUGCAUACGGGGAACACUGAGGAUACGCAUACACAGAUGCAUGCUUGGCGUUGUAUACAAAGCAUUUUGAUUACCCUGCAACGGUGCUCAGAUCCCGAUGGGCAAUGGGCUAGGUACGUAAGGAAUCCGACGCAACUGGAUACUGGCGCGUUCCAAGGAUCCUCGCCGAUGAGACUCCGUCCGCAAAUCAUGUUGUCACAUUCUAUCAUCCGCGCCGCGGUUUACUCGGUCAACGGCCUGCUGAUAGCGCUGUAUGCCCAUCUCCAACCAUCGAAUUCUGCAGUACGAAUUCAGUGCAUCAAUACGUUGGCGUGCCUUUGCAGCCGACAUAGUUCCACUGUGGCCUCUAUCUAUGAGGAAUUGCGGAAGUCUGGGGAACUGUGCUCACUGCAGUUGAAUUUCCCGAGCUUGGCUGAAUAUCCGUUCGCCAGCGAAGGUGCGGAAGCAAAGUGGGCGUCUCUCGCAGGGAUUUUGAAAGCGGAUGUUUUGACGCUUAACUAUGUGGACUACGCUUCUCGUCAAAACCUUGUCCCCAGACAUCUCCUUGUAAAUGAAUUUUGGGAAAACGGGACGAUGUCUCUGCUCAUGUGGACUGCAGCUAUCUACAACGGAGAGACUGCUCUGGAGGCGGAAUCACCUCUCUUUGCUGAUAUGCAUCUUUUGGGGGGCGGCCAAGGAGAGCGAUCUGCGUUGGAAGCACUUUGCUCUCCCGCUACGAAGCUUGUGGUAUCUGCGAUUGUAACACUUGCGCUUAUUCAGUACCAUCGGGGUCCGCAAUUUGCCCCAGCCUCGCCGUUUCCGAACUCCCCAAAGCUAUAUUCGCCAAGGAUACACUCUCCUUCGGGUUCCGAUUACUUUGCUUCGCAAGGAGCCGAAGCAACGAGUUGGAGAAGUCUAUUGGAGCAGUUCGAGAAUCUCCUCAGAAACUCGGGUGUCAGCGGUGCAGAGAAAGUCCCUCAACUCGCUGGCGCGCAGAACGGCGCGAGUUCUGCGUUGCAGUUUGCAGUCAUAUAUACGCUGCACAGCCUGCUUGAUGAGGAGUCUUUCGGUGAACGUGCUCGCGAACUCAGGAGGAAAGAUAUUCUGGGCGUCAUGGAAGAUCUCAGAUUGUGGAAUCACUUUUCACAAAAGGCCUUUUUUGGGGGGAUCCCGAAAGAAGGACUUUAUGAACCCCAGAAGUCGAACGCAGCACGUUCAUUGCAGAAUGCGAUCCUAGAGUUCUUGCGGUUCAGCGCCACCUUGACGGAAUGGCCGAACGACGGCCCAUGUCAAGCGCUCCUGACGUUACUGACGGAUACGGCGGCCACGGAUGAUGUGGCAUUUGCUCAAACGUGCGACACUUUAUGCAGGACACUGCACGACCGAUGUGAGGCGACUCAGGAAGCGCUCAUCAGACUGCGGAUCUUUGAUACCCUGAUACCCCUGAUCUCCAACCUGAGAGCGCAAGGGAAACACUCUCUCCUUUCCUCCAUCAUCACCCUACUUCGUUCUGUCCUGGACGGAAGCAGCGCAAUCACCAUCGACGUUUUCACCAAUCCGGCCGCUAUGAGUCUACUGUUUGACAUGCUCGCCCAGGAGACGGUCGCCGUUUCUUCAUUUGCGCAGACUGUCAUAUUGAAUAUGCCUCCGAUACUGAUCCGAGAGUACCCCACUUAUCAACAACGCACACUGUCGAUUGUCAGCGACCUGCAACUGGCGUCGCUUGGAGGAGAUCAAGAAACGACGUCGGAUCUACUGAAACGCUAUUUCGAACGGUUCCCCAGUGUAAUAACGCGAGCGGAGGAAGCGGAGUACCAAUUGAGGCUCUUGCUAGGUGUGCGGAAGCUUGUGCAGAACAAUCCGGAGUGCGCUUCUGCUCUUAAAAAGUCGCUCGUCAAGGCAAAAGCACAUCAGGUCUUGUUGAGCGUGCUGAGUGUGAAGAUUGACUUGGGCGACGCGGCAAAGGAGACGCAGGAGAAACUGAUCCACGCCUUGGCAGAAAGUGUGGUACGGACUCUUGUAGUCAUUAUGCGGAACGACCACAGCGCGAAAAAGACAUUCCGUCUCCUGCGGGGCUACGACGAGCUGCUGACGCGUAUAUGCAUCAAACCGAAGGCAUUCGCAUGGAGCGAGUUGAUCAGCGAGCUCUUCAUCCUGGUGGCCGACGGCGACACUUCAUGGCCGCCUCGCUUGCACAACGGGGACGCUGUCAACCUACUUUUCCGGACGUAUGAGUACUGCUCUCCAGAACUCCGUCGCAGAUUCGUCACGAAACUGAAAGAAGUGUCGCGCGCUCACGGUGCAAACACAGCCCUACUGCACAACACUGGCGCAUUCAGUCAGAUCUUGAAACUCGUCCUCCCUCUCGUCACCGAUGCGGGCGACCUUGACGACAUUAUGUCCUUGCUGAAGGGAAUCGCAUCCUACUCCCUGACCGUCGCGGAAGUGAAACUGCUCCUCCAGUGUCUCCGCCGUCGGGAUUUGGCGAAUAUGCCGCCAACCGGGAAAACCGCGCCCAUAUGGGCGAGCUCAUUUGCCGGAUACAAGCCGAUGACAAGCCAGAUUGAGUCCGCCGCCGACCACGAAAAUGCGAUCAACACCGCGGAGCUGCCGUUUUGGUACGACGCUCUCCUCCGGAUGGUGCUGGAUAUCUCGCGGGAGCAGGAUGGUGAUUUGGAUUUUUAUGCGUUUGAUGGGUCGAGAGGGAUGAGGAUGCCUGGGGUGAAGAAGUGGCCGAGUGGGGCGACCGGGUGGAGCUUCAUCGCUUGGGUCAAAUUCGACGCAUUUGAUGACGGAGGCAGAACGGCUUCAAGCGAUCCGAGCAUAUUCUGUUUGCAGUCUGCGUCUGCGGAACAGAGACUGGAGAUCUUUGUUAAAGACGGUGCGCUGUGCGUCGCGGUGACGCGGCAAGGGAAGACGCAUGUGGUCUCCACAUUGGAGGCUGCUUUGACACCUGGGAACUGGCAUUGUAUAGUGGUUUGCCAAAGCUUCCCAAAAAUGCCGUGGUCUACCCAUGCAGAAGCCGCCAUCUACGUUGACGGCGCAGCCAUUUGGAAAGGGAAGCAGGAGUUCCCAGAAACGGGGGCUUACAUCACGGCUUCUCUUGGGUGCUCUGCCGGUGACGAACAGUCAGCACGGUCUUCUACAACUGGGCGAACUUCUUUACGGGUUGAAAGAGCUCUGACCGGCCAAAUGACAUCCGUGUACCUGCUGGACGACGUGCUCCUGCCUCAACAGACGUCGGCCAUAUACCUACUAGGCCCGGCAUUUGCAUCAUCUUUAACCCGUCAACGAUCUGGCCGAAUACCAGACGAGCCCAGCCCGGUUCUCGAUAUGGGCAAGAUCAUACUGGAAUUCCACCCGUUGGCGACUAAGACGAUUCCCUUGCAGGACGAGAGCGGUGCAAUCGUUGCAUACCCUUCUUCGCAUCAUGAACGGGUCAGCGACAGCGAUAUCGGGGUGGACCAAGUUGGGCGACCGGCUGGUGGCGUGAUCACAUGUCGGACCAAGUGCUUUCAAACCGGCAUCCAUGCGCUGGGCGGUGUUGGGAUCUUGAUCCCCAUUCUGGCACAAGUCGAUUUGCAUGGCGGUGCGGACGUUUACACAGAAGAAGCAAACGAUGACCUGAACGCUGCGGAGUUACGAAGGCGGAACAUCCGAAAACGGCGGACGUCUUCAUUUUUUGACUUGAUGUCCUCGGUCAUGACCCGUGACGCUGUCCAUCGCGACACUUUCUUUGCGAUCAAAGGGCCAAAGAUCGUGGCUAGCUUGCUUCAGCAGAAUGACCCUGCGAAUCUGGGAUCUGAUGUUUUUGAGGCAUUGAUUCGCUUUGUGGAGGUAUGCGCCCAGCGUUUCUCAUUCAUGUGUUUUGAGCUGAUUUGACAAACGCUCUCUUCACCUCUAGGCCCUGUCUUCAAAUCAUGAACUGGCGGCAGCUG